AUGUCCAAGCCGGAAGAAGUGCUGCGGGCCCAAAUCAAACUUCAGACUUUGAAAUACUUUGAGCUGGCCUUGCUGAACUUCUUCCAUCCUGAAGAAAAGUUGCAUGUUGGAGAAGAAGGUAGACGUGUCCGUCGAAAUAAAAGGAGUAAAGGUAGCGAAGGGCCAGAUGGUCCGAGUUCAGUUAAAAACAAGAAAAAGGGUAAAAAGGCUGGUCCUCCAGGGCCCAAUGGUCCCCAGGGGCCACCAGGCCCUCCUGGGCCCCAGGGCCCCCCCGGGAUUCCCGGGAUCCCCGGGAUCCCCGGCACAACUGUAAUGGGACCGCCCGGCCCUCCUGGCCCACCGGGCCCUCAGGGACCACCUGGACUGCAGGGCCCUUCAGGUGCCACAGACAAGGCAGGCUCCAGAGACAUCCAGCCAGCUGUGGUUCAUCUUCAAGGCCAAGGCUCAGCAAUUCAAGUAAAGAAUGGUGGAGUCCUCAAUGACUGGUCUCGCAUCACUAUGAACCCCAAGGUGUUUAAGCUGCAUGCCCGCAGUGGGGAGCUGGAGGUACUGGUGGACGGCACAUACUUCAUCUAUAGUCAGGUAUACUACAUAAACUUCACAGAUUUUGCCAGCUAUGAGGUGGUGGUGGAUGAAAAACCCUUUCUGCAAUGCACUCGGAGUAUUGAGACCGGCAAGACCAACUUCAAUACCUGCUAUACAGCUGGGGUCUGCCUCCUCAAAGCCAGGCAGAAGAUUGCUGUGAAAAUGGUCCAUGCUGACAUCUCCAUCAACAUGAGCAAGCACACAACUUUCUUUGGGGCCAUACGCCUAGGAGAUGCACCAGCAUCCUAGAUGAACUUGGCAUGUCCAAGGAUACUCACAGAACUGCACAGUGCUGCUGUUCAUAAGCGUAUCAGUAUUUCAGGGGGUUCUAUAAUCCGGCCAUAAAGAAAACUGAUCCAGAGCUAUUUAUUCCUAUAUGUGAAUGCAGGAAGCACAAUGUCUUCUGUGACUUGCAUGGAGACUUGGGUCAAAAAAGCUAGUUGAAAAAGUGUUGUGAGGAAAAAAGGCUGUUGUGUCUGCCUUGUCUCAGUAUUUCAAGUAUUACUGCACUGAUGUUCUGCUCUGUGAUCUUCACAUGAGGCUUGUUGAGAAUGAUGUGGGUCUCUGCUUUUAUGUUGCACUAGCAAGAGCAUCCCAGGCAGUAGCAGAAGGUAGACUUCUGUCAAAAUUGUUCUAUCUAGGCACUCCUGCAUCUGCACACUAAUGAAAGCAAGAAAUGAGGUUUCUGGUUUUCUGCCUUCUCAGUUCUAACUGGAAUGGCAACGUAGUGUGAAAGAAGGUGAAUAAGACGGAGUCAGUGGUGUUUACGUUCAUCCUCAGGAGUGUGAGAAAAGAAGGCGAAGUGCCUCUAUCUAGAGCUUGGAAGCAGGCUGCCAAAGCAGUAAGUUUGAGAGGAAAACGAAUAUGUAAUAGAACAGGCUUAGCACAUAUGAAACUGCCUCUACAUUCCAGAAAUUAAGAAGUUCCAAAGAUAAUGACAAUUACAGUUCCAAAGCCUCUGCUACUUUCAGUUCCUGCCAUUACCCCACAGGUGUACCUUGCCCUCACAGGGGCUACCUUAAAGUACUGCUGCUGUUACAGCAAUUUGUAUUUUGUUUUUUGUCUUUUUAAUUCAAGCGGAACACAUUUCUACAGGCUUCACAGAGCCAGGUAGAGCAGACGCAAGUACUUGUGAAAACACUCUUAAGAAGUUUGUCACAUUUAAGAAUAAAAUAUUCAAACAGGAAUUUUCUUUCUGUUUUAAUAGCAACUGUCCUGCUUUUAGAUGUGGUCUUUAUUCCUCCCCUUUUUUGGCACUCUUCUACCUAAAAUGCUCUAAUAAAGUGGUGAUGGAGUCUCUAGCAAAAAUUUAUAUUUAAAAAGUCUGGUCCAGCAUGAAGUCACCACUUUUUCUUUUCUCUGAGCCCUGCUGAGUCUAGUCAUAACUCGAUUUCUGGUGACUAAUAGAAUAGCUGGGACACUAUUGUUUCUUUUGGCUUCUUGAGCAACUCUCUCCCAUUACCUCCCCUCAACUAGUGAGAUCUAAAGCUAUAAGAUGUGCUUGAGCUGAGGAAGAGGCUGAAACACUAAUUGCUCUUUUGUGUCAUGCCUUUUGUUUAUUUUGAUUUUUUUUAUUUCUUUUUAGAGCGUAUUUUUUGAACUAAAGAGGGUAGUGAAAUUUCAGCCUGUAGAGCAAAUGUGAAGAGCUGAAUUGGAAGCAAGUCCUGGACUGACAUCUUGGUCAUAACCUUCAUCUCUGCCAGUAGAGGUGGCUCAGCGGCAAUCACCUGUAGGGACAGCACCAUGCUUGGCGGCUGAUCUGAGUGCAGACGGGUCCACCCUGGCUGAAGCAUUCUUGGCUGCAUUGCUUUUCUCCAUCCGUAGCUAGUGAUCUCACUUGCCAAGUAUUGCAGUUACUGGGAGAUAAAUAUUUCUUGGGGGCACCCAGCUUUGGCUUCAGCCUUGCUAUUCACAGGAGGCAUGCAGUUUAUAAAAUAACUGCAUGGAAAAUUGCCUGCUAUUUCUUAUUCAAUAUGUUCUCCUCCUUUCUUGCCUUAACAUGUUGGACUAGCAAGAGCCUUAGGGGCACUCAACUAGUCUUUGUGGUUUAUUUUCUUUAAAAUGGAUUACGAAGGACGUGUUCCUCAGACAAGAAUGAAUCAGGACAACUGUGUGUAGUGAGAACAUGAAGCAAAUCAUUAACAGAAUUGCUUUAGAGUACAGUCUAAACAGCAAUACUUAGGGCAAGCAUAAAUACUAAAAUGACUUGUGAGAGCACAAUGGAUGUAGUUUGCGUUCUUUGUCCCCCACUGGUAGGAUCUGUGGUUCACUUCUGAGUAUGACUGUGAGCAGGAGGAGGCAAAGGGAGAAUCCCUUGUUUCUGUAGAAACCCCAUACAGCUCUGUCAAGUUCCCUCUCUGGCAUGUGCAUGGGAUGGCGUAGGGGACCGCAGAGGGAAGUGAUCCCUGUCUCCCUUAUUGCAAGGAGGUGUUCUGUUUGUCAGUGUGCUUUUCCCAAUGUUUGCAUUACACCAUAGGGUGAGCUCCGUAUAGCCCGAGCUCCACAACGCAGAGUCGGAGACUAGAGAAUACCUAACUUGGGCUGGCCUUCAUCUCUGAGAUCACCAGUCCUGUAGCAACUGUGGAGUCUUUUAUACUUGAAACCCUUUGGCCUCUCUAGCAACAAGUUCUCAUUGAUGGAGUAUUACAGUGUAAGCUACCUAGGCUAUAGAACAGCUUCUGUAUGAUCCUGGUCUGUGCCACCAUCUUUGGAGCCUCUGUAGUUUUCCUUAACUGUAGCAGAAAAGGCCUGGAAGCAGCUCAUAGGAGCAGGAAGAUGCUUAUGGAAGAUUUUAACAAACUCCACCAAGAACAGGACCUUGCCCCAGUCUUUCCCUCUGUCUUUUAAUUUUGAUAGACAUCUGUUUCUAGUCUGGUUGUCAAGAAAGAGCUUCACUUACAGACAAAUGUCUGCAUAUCAGAGAGACUGGCACAGCCCUCUGGUCCACAAAAACAGUCGCUACUAUCUUCCUGUGUGCCAGUCUUUCCUCUCCGGUGGUACUUGCUAGCGCUGCUCUUACCUACGUGCCUUAGAUCUGCUGCUCAACUUUUGGCUGGAUUCCAGUUGCAGAAAUGUAGCAAGCAGCUAAUCGGUGUAGCACAUACCAUUUUAAACCCUUCUCCCCCCCAAGAUUCUCUACACAGAGACAAUUUAUAGCGAAUCCAGCUCUGCUAUGAUGUUCAGGGCACCUGAAGGAUAGAUGCUAGAAGGCAUCUUCAGUAGAUGCUUCUGGGUCAUGGCUCCCUACACACAAAUAACUGCCCUUUGCUUCUCUCCAGUGCCUUUCUUACGCAAGUAAGCACAAUGCCAGCUGUAGUUUCCCUGCUGCCCAAUGUGCCAGGUCAUCUUUGGCCUUGGGAUCUUCCUUCCACGGAAUAACCGGUGUUAGCUGCUUAGAAAGGGCCACCCUGAGCUGUGUUUAGAAAGAGAUGAGCAAGCUGAGUGGGUUCAUUUCUCUCUCAGCUGGUAGGGCAGCCCCUCUUCCUGGUAGUUUUCCUUUUCUCUUUUUUUUUUUUUUUUUUUUUUCCUGUUGGAAGAAGUGGAGCGCAGCGAAUUGCUGUGAAAGCAUUCAGAAACUUUCUUGUACUUGCUGGUUCUUCCCACAAAUGACUUCAUGGUAAUCAUGCACCUACCUGAAUUCCACCUUCGCCACACCAAGCAGUCCUGGUGCAGGCUUUUGGAGAAAAUGGAAGUUACUUUGUUUUUUACAGUCUAAAAGGAGUGUGGGGGUAAAUUUACAUCUGGAAGGUGUUCUCAGGUAUGACCGUCUUUCAGGUUUCUGUGAAAUCCAGUCAUGUUGCAAGUAGUUCUUUCGUUCCACACUUUCAAUCCUGCAUAUGUACAGAGACUCACCCCCACCUCAAAACAAGCAGCUUGCUUUUCCAGAAGUGUUGGCUCCUUUUGUUCCGAGUCUGUGAGCUGAACCUCAGCCUGUGGCAUGGCUGAGGUCAUCUUUUGGGUUGGUUGCUUGAUUUUGAUUCCUCUGCCUGAUAAGCUUUUCUGGCUCACAGACCAUGGAUUCUUCCCUGUUUAAGAGCUGUUAUGUUUUGCUGCUGCGUCCAUUUACAAGUCUGACCCACACACACCCGUGCAACAUUUGUAUUCAUCGUUUCCAGGUUUAGGAGAAAGCCCUUCCUCAGACUCCCUAACAAAAAUGUAAUGGGAGAGGAGUUGUAGGAAAAAAUACAACAACUCCAAGCCUGUUACUCUUUUUGAACCGCACAGUGAUACACUGAUGCUGUUUUGUGCUUCAACAUCUUUAUUCAAGACGCUAUCUGUAUAUAAAAUAUACAUAAUGUAUAUAAAUUAGGAUGUAAGUUUAUGUAAAUUGUCAAUAUUUUCUUUGCAAAUAAAGCUUUUUCCUGAUC